GUCUUCUCUCCGGCUGCGAGCACAGGGACCCCGGCCAGGAGCCUCCACACACCGGGGCCCCCGCACCCCCAUGCGCUGCUGCUGCCGGCGGCGGCUGCUGACGAGGAAAUCCAGGAAGUUUGUUGUGAGCCUCCUGUACACACAGGUCCUCCUCUGCCCCCAGUCGGACCUGAUGCUCUGUGGGAUGGGGGCCUGCAGCAGGAAAGCCCUGACGUUGCUCAGCAGUGUAUUCGCGGUGUGUGGUCUGGGGCUCCUGGGGAUCGCGGUCAGCACCGACUACUGGCUCUACCUGGAAGAGGGGGUCAUCCUCCCCCAGAACCAGACCACCGAGAUCAAGAUGUCGCUGCACUCGGGGCUAUGGAGGGUCUGCUUCCUGGCAGGCGAGGAGCAGGGCCGCUGCUUCACCAUCGAGUACGUGAUGCCGAUGAAUGUCCAGAUGACCUCAGAGUCCACGGUCAGCGUCCUGAAAAUGAUCCGCUCUGCCACCCCGUUCCCGCUCGUCAGCCUCUUCUUCAUGUUUAUCGGGUUCAUCCUGAAUAACGUGGGGCAUGUCCGCCCGCACAGGACCAUCCUGGCCUUCGUCUCCGGCAUCUUCUUCAUCCUGUCCGGUCUCUCGCUGGUGGUCGGCCUGGUUCUUUACAUUUCCAGCAUCAAUGAUGAGAUUCUGAACCGGACGAAGGACCCGGAGACUUACUUCAGCUACAAGUACGGCUGGUCCUUCGCCUUCGCGGCCAUCUCUUUCCUCCUGACUGAGAGUGCCGGGGUGAUGUCCGUCUACCUGUUCAUGAAGAGGUACACAGCCGAAGACGCCUACAGACCCCACCCCGGAUACUACCGGCCGCGGCUCAGCAACUGCUCCGACUACUCCGGUCAGUUCCUGCACCCCGAGGCCUGGGUGAGAGGUCGGAGCCCCUCGGACAUCUCCAGCGAGGCCUCUCUGCAGAUGAACUCCAACUACCCGGCGCUGCUCAAAUGCCCUGACUACGACCAGAUGUCCUCAUCGCCGUGCUGAGCGUGUGACAUGGUUGCCACCUGGAAGCUGCACAGUGUUCUGCCGGACAUGUCAACCUCUGUCCUCAAUACGUGUCCUACAGCCCUACUCAUUGUGCCGCUUAUCUCUAAGAACUGCUGAAUCUGGACACCUGGGCCGGGUGAGGGUCCUGACGGCUCCUGUGCCCCUCAGUAGGUUAGCCAACACAGCUCUGCUCAGUCGUGUCCUGGCCAAGUGUCCGCCAGUGUGACCCAAAGCCGGUAGAUUGAAGUAAUCCAUAUAUAUAGUUACCAUGUAUAGUGAGGACUAGGAGCGUGACCUCGUGGUCAUCAAGGAGGAUGGGCACAUCCUCCUGUGGUUAUAGACAGUUAUGUUCUCAUGUUAAGGUCAUACAUGGUCAUCUUCUCGUAGGUAAUGUUCUCAUGGUCUUCUCGUUGUGUGGUCAGACAUGGUAUCGGGGCAUGGUCAUGUUCUCGGGAUGUAGUGGUCAUGCUCUCAUGGUGUGGUCAUCCACAUGGUCAUGUUCACAUGCUGAGGACAUACACAUGUUCUUUUGCUGUGGUCAUACACCUGGUCAUGUUCUCGUAGUAUCAUAUGUGGAAAUAUUCUCAUGGUGUUGUCAUACAUGAUUAUGGUCAUCUUGUGGUGUGAUCAUUCAUGUUCAUCACUCAUGGUCUUGGGGAGUGGUGGUCAUGUACCUGGUCAUGGUCUUGGGGACUGGUGGUCAUGCACCUGCUCUCACGGUCUGGUCAUACCCCUGGUCUCACUGUGGGAUCAUAGACCUGGUCAUGCUGACACGGUGUGGUCAUGCCCCUUGUCAUCCUCUCAUGGUGGUGUCAUACCCCUGGUAAUGCGCUCACGGUGGGGUCAUACCCCUGGUCAUGUUCUUGUAGUAUCAUAUGUGGUAAUGUUCUCAUGGUGUUGUCAUACAUGGUCAUCUUGUGGUGUGAUUAUUCAAGGUAAUCACACAUGGUCAUGGUCCUGGGGUGUGGUGGUCAUGCACCUGCUCUCACGGUGUGGUCAUAACCCUGGUCAUGUUCUCACAGUGUGGUCAUACCCCUGGUCUCACGGUGGGAUCAUACACCUGGUCAUACUGUCACGGUGUGGUCAUGCUCUCACGGUGAGGUCAUACUACUGGUCAUGCUCUCACGGUGGCGUCGUACCCCUGGUCAUGUUCUUGUAGUAUCAUAUGUGGUAAUGUUUUCAUGGUGUUGUCAUACAUGUUCAUGGUCAUCAUCAUCUUGUGGUGGUGUGGUCAUUCAUGGUCCUCACACAUGGUCUUGGGCUGUGACCACACAUGGUCGUGGUCUCGGGACAUAGUGGUCAUACCCCUGGUCAUGGUCUCACAGUUUGGUAGUACCCCUGGUCACGCUCUAACAGUGUGGUCAUACAUGUGCUCAUUUUUAAUAAACUCAUGAUGCCUUGGUUGUUUCAAGGGACAAGAGAGCCGAUCCCUGUGCGUUCCGUCCUCCUGACCCCGUCUCUCUCUAUGUAUCGUGUACACGUCCUGAGGAGCAAUCUGUAUGUCCCAGCAGCCAUGAGGCGGAUCGCCCGCAGUGCAGCCGAGCAACUAGCCGCCUCAGGAACACGCGUGAUCACAUACAUGACGUGCAGGCUGCACCAAUGUCACUUUGUCUAUCCUCUGCUCCAGUCACAUCCAGAGCUGCAGUCAUAUUUCUUCCAUUAUAUCAUAUAUUCUACUCCUGUUACAUCCAGAGCUUGUCACAUCAUGUCUUAUACUCAAGUCAC